AUGGGGUGGGUCUUGGAACGACAAGGGGCGACAGAAUCAGCAUUGAAGAUGUACAACUCGAUCUUGCAGAAUUGGGCCCCAAUAGGCGGCGAGGAGAACGGCCUAUCUCUCAUGGCUAGGACAUCACUUGGGUCCGUGUAUCGCAAGCAACACGACUACCUUCAGGCAAGAGACAAUCUUGUAUUUGCGUGGGAGGCUCGACAGAGACUCUUCACUAUCAAUAGCAACACGACCGUUGACUCUGGCAUACAAUUGGCCACCACCUUACGAGAGAUGAAUCACUGCGAGGAUGCUCUGGAGCUGCUGGACCAAGUUGAAACGUCGACUAUUUUCAAAGAUGAUUUCGAGCGUGAGUGCCAGGUGACCCAUCUCCGCGCACUGAUCAAAUUGGAUCAAGGGAAAAGCCGUGAGCCAAUCGAUGACCUGACUCGAGUAGUCGAGGAGACUGUGGGGGACAAGAGAGGCCAAAACAAUAGGGAAUGUCUGUGGGUGCGGACGACGUUGGCGGACGCAUUGAAAGACGAAGGGCACCACUCAGAAGCGCUGAUGCUAUUUUCCGAAAUCGUUCAGCCCAUUCUAAGCAACUUGGGAAUGCUUACACUGAACGAUGAUCUGAAGGACGAACCCGAACCUCCCACGCAAUUGGCAAUCGCCGAAGAAGCACUGAGACGUGUGAAAAGGCGCGACCAAGCCGGUGCUGAAGAACUGUUAAGGCAGAAUGGAUUGCAAUGGGUUCGGCAGCAGGACUUCUGGAUGCGACAAGGCGGCCCGCCGACUGAUACUGCCUGGAUGAAAGCAGUCGAUCACCAACAAAAGCUGGGAGUUCAUGAGAUGUCCAGAAGAACCACAGUAAAUAAUUGUUGA